AUGUUGCCAGAUGAGAUCGUUACCCAGUUGACUGGCGAAUUUGCAUGUCGCGACCAGCAGAUUCAGCAUCUGGUAGCUCUGUACUCUGCGCAUCUCCCCUCACCACCAUUUGCCAACAUCCAUGGCCUGACAGCGACUGGCAAGUCGUCUAUCCUACGCGCAUACUUCCAUCUUGCCCAAAUACCACACACAGUCAUCAACGUUCGCGAAUGCAUAACUACACGGCACCUGCUCGAGCGCAUUGUUGCAGCGUCUCUCGAUGCGCUGGAGGAAGCUCAUGACGAGAAGAUAGACAGGAGACCAUAUGCGCGGACAGAAAAUUUGAGUGCACUCUGUGUGAACUUACAAAAGAUACUAAAAGGGAGAGGGAAAUUCGUGCUGGUACUGGAUGCCAUCGACAAGCUCAGAGAAGGUGGUGGUACACUCGUUGCAGCGCUGGGGAGACUGGGCGAGGCGAUACCAAACCUGGCCCUGAUCCUCACAACCACCCUUCCACUCGCACCUUCUCUCCGACACUCCUCAUCCAUACCCCACAUCGCCUUUACUCCCUACACGCGUCCACAGCUACUCACCAUCCUUGGAAAAAGGCCACCCAAAGUCUUUCUUACGCCGCCGUCUGCAGAGCAGUUUCCAGAUUACACACCUGAUCUCGCGGCCGAAGAUGACGCCUGGCUGUGGAACCGCUUCCUCGGUGCCGUCUAUGACUCGCUUAGCAAACACACCGGCCGCGACUUGAUCAGCUUCCGCGCGACCGCCCUACGGCUAUGGAGAGACUUUGUCGCGCCUAUCGUCAAAGGCGAAUUUGGAACAAGAGACUUCUCGCGGCUCAUGGUCAACAGACGGCAUCUCUUCCAAGGCGAAGAAGCUGUGCUCGACCGCAUCAUUACGCCGAAACCCCAGACCACGAACGGAGAAAACAAAGUCAUAGUCACAAGAAAAACGGUGCCGGGCAUCGUGCAGAAUCUGCCGUUUUACACGACGCACCUCCUCAUCGCAGCGUACCUCGCGAGCUACAACCCUGCGAGGACCGAUGUGACAUACUUUAUGAAGCACACAGACAAGCGCAAGAACAAGCGCCGCGCACCCGGCCCUGCCUCGCUCUCUACCACUUCCAAGGGCGGCGUCAAGCACCGCCGCAUCCCACGCCAUUUGCUCACACCCAGCCCCUUUUCGCUGGACAGACUGUUUGCUAUCUUCAGAGCGUUGUUGGUGGAUAGCGUGCCACAGACGGCAGAUCUGUAUACUAGUGUCGCCACGCUGACGAGUUUGAAACUGCUGGUCAGGACGGGCAUCGGGGGCGCGAGCGAUGCAUUGGAAGCGGGCGGAAGAUGGCGGGUGGGGUUUGGGUGGGAGUUCGUAAGGGGGCUGGGGAGGAGCGUUGGGGUUGAGGUGGGGGAGUAUCUGGUGGGCGGUGUGGAUUGA